CUUUUCAUAGGCUGAGUUUUAGGAGUUGCAAGUCAACAACUUCUCUUUAGUAAGAUGGGUAGAGUAAGUAAACUUCACAGGCCCUUGGGAAAUUAAGUCCCUGGGGUGUGGUCCAACUCUGUAGGAAACAUAUGGGCUUUUAAAUAGUUAAGAACCCUGGGGAGAGGAAGGGAGGCAGGUAAGCUUUGAGAUCUCUCUCCUUUAGAAUGAUUUCUUAAAAUGAAAAUCUGGUCCUGUUCACUACCCUGGAUAAAACUCCUUAACGACUUCCCAUGGCCUCCAGGGUAAAACCCAGAUUCUUCUUCAUGGAAUUGAAGGCCCCUUAUGCACUGGUUUGGGCUGACACCUCCACUUUCAUAUGGGGCCUCUGAUCUGUAUGCACGCUGCCCUCCAUCUGCUUAGCCAGUCACAGUCUCUGAACACUGUGUGCUCCCCCACACUUCUGUGCCUUUCAUACAUGCUGUUCCCUCUGGAAGGUCUGGCCUCCCUUUUUGCUUGGUGAGCUCCUCAACCUUCCAGACUUACUCAAGGGUUACCUCUGGGAAUCCUUUCCCCAUGUCCCCUGCUUCCAGGCCCCUAUUUCAUAUCCCUUCUGUGAUAGUGACCCAGUGGCCUUAUAAUUGUGAAAUUCUUCGUUGCCUCCAGUAACUGUGAGCCCCCUGAAGCGAGGAGUGUGGCUUGUUGCAGUGUUUGCGGUCGGGUCUGGAUCCCUGCUCCGCCUCUCACAAGACAGCGCUGUUGAACACAGCCAGUACACGUCAAGUUCAGAGCGGAUGGAAAUCAGAGAGGCACGUGGAAUUUUGAGGAUGCGGGAAUGCAUAUCUGUCCACGUGGGUCAAGCGGGAGUUCAGAUUGGCAAUGCUUGCUGGGAGCUCUUCUGCCUGGAACAUGGCAUCCAGGCGGAUGGCACCUUUGGUGUGCAGACCAGCAAGAUCGACGACGACGACUCGUUCACCACCUUUUUCAGUGAGACUGGCAACGGGAAGCACGUGCCCCGGGCUGUCAUGGUAGAUCUCGAGCCUACUGUGGUGGAUGAGGUUCGGGCAGGAACCUACCGCCAGCUCUUCCAUCCAGAGCAGCUGAUCACAGGAAAGGAGGAUGCAGCUAACAACUAUGCCCGUGGCCACUACACGGUAGGCAAGGAGAGCAUCGACCUGGUGCUGGACCGCAUACGAAAGCUGACAGACGCCUGCUCUGGCUUGCAGGGCUUUCUGAUCUUCCACAGUUUUGGUGGUGGCACUGGCUCAGGCUUCACUUCUCUGCUGAUGGAACGCCUUUCCCUGGAUUAUGGCAAGAAGUCCAAGCUAGAGUUUGCUAUCUACCCGGCCCCCCAGGUCUCCACUGCCGUGGUCGAGCCCUACAACUCCAUACUGACUACCCACACCACACUGGAACAUUCAGAUUGUGCUUUCAUGGUGGAUAACGAAGCCAUCUAUGACAUCUGCCGCAGGAACCUAGACAUUGAGCGCCCCACAUAUACCAACCUCAACCGCCUCAUCAGCCAGAUUGUGUCCUCCAUCACUGCCUCUCUCCGCUUUGAUGGGGCCCUCAAUGUGGACCUCACUGAGUUCCAGACCAACCUGGUGCCCUACCCCCGCAUCCACUUCCCCCUGGUCACCUAUGCACCCAUCAUCUCUGCCGAGAAAGCCUAUCAUGAACAACUCUCUGUGGCUGAGAUUACCAGCUCCUGCUUUGAGCCCAACAGCCAGAUGGUGAAGUGUGACCCGAGACAUGGCAAGUACAUGGCCUGCUGCAUGCUCUACCGGGGGGACGUGGUGCCCAAGGAUGUGAAUGUCGCUAUUGCCGCCAUCAAGACCAAGAGGACCAUCCAGUUUGUAGACUGGUGUCCCACAGGUUUUAAGGUGGGCAUCAACUACCAGCCACCCACCGUGGUGCCAGGAGGGGACCUGGCCAAAGUCCAGCGGGCUGUCUGCAUGCUGAGCAACACCACGGCAAUUGCGGAGGCCUGGGCCCGCCUGGACCACAAGUUUGACCUCAUGUACGCCAAGCGGGCCUUUGUGCAUUGGUAUGUUGGAGAGGGAAUGGAAGAAGGAGAAUUUUCCGAGGCCAGGGAAGACCUGGCUGCCCUGGAGAAGGAUUAUGAAGAAGUGGGGACUGAUUCAUUUGAAGAAGAAAAUGAAGGGGAGGAAUUUUAAAUAUACACAUUCCUCUUG